CAUCCACACGUGACUAUCUGCUGCUUAUUUAAAACACAGUAACAUACUUAUCACUGCAAGUCUUCCAUAUCUGUUGUAAGUAUGUAAUUUUUUUUUUCACAAAACUUACAAGCAUCAACAAUGUUGACCACAUGAUAGAUCUUGACAUGAAUUUGUCAUUUUUUUACUGUAAUAUAUGACAUGUCCCUUGCUGGGGUUUUCCCAAAUCCUAAAAUCCCAAAGUUCAGUGAUGUCUCAUACGAUUAGACUUCUUUAAAUGAAAAAGUUAAGUGAAUUCAAACUGGGACACUUGAAAGGCAUCUCAACGUCAAAAAGCGCUUCAAUUGACCUCACUCUGUAUAUUUUAGGCGCUGUAACCAGUCACCAUUUCUAAUUAUAUUUAAUAUAACAUAAUAGCCUCAGCUAUUGAAAUUAACUGAAAUAGUCCCACUGUGUGAUAAAUACUACUGACGCAUAAAAUAUAAUGAUGCAUAAAAUCAAGAGCGGAGACAUGUGGCCACAAAUAUCAACUUACCAUCACUUGCGUUCAAGUUGUUUUCAUGUUUGAUUAAUUCAUAAAGGCUUUGCAGUAUUUAAGGUUGAGGUUAUUGUGCCCAGAACCACAGCCAGACCUCAGACAAGACUUUUCUUCUGUUCGGCAAAAAUGAAGCACACCACAGUUCUUCAGGUUUGUGUGGGGUUUGUGCUCUGCUCCCUGCAGGCCAUGAUCGUACCGGCUCUGGACUGCUCAGGCCAGGGUCUUGAAGGAGCUUCCUGUACCAUCUCCGUCGAGAAGCUUCUGGACCGAGCCGUUCAACACGCCGAGCUCAUCUACCGCAUCUCAGAGGAGUCCAAGAUGAUGUUUGAGGAGAUGUUCAUUCCUUUAUCAGUAAUGAACCCACAUGUUUACGGAGGGACCAUGUGUGCACCCAGAACCGUAGCAGUUCCAGCGACCAAAAGUGAAAUUCAGAAGAUCUCUGACAAAUGGCUUCUACACUCUGUAUUGAUUCUGAUUCAGUCUUGGAUCGAUCCACUGGCGGAUCUACAGGUGUCUCUGGAAAGCUACGACAAUGCCCCAAGUGUUCUGCUCAUCAGGACCAAAUGGCUGUACAUCAAACUCAUGAGUCUAGAGCAGGGUGUACUAAUUCUUAUUAAGCAGAUACUGGGUGAAGGUGGUUUGCUGUUGGAUAGCCCCGAAAAAACGGCUGAUCUCUUGGUCUCUCCUGACAUCUUUGAGUCCGUGAGGAGAGACUACAGUGUGCUCUACUGCUUCAGGAAAGACGCUCACAAGAUGGAAACGUUCCUCAAACUGCUGAAAUGCCGACAGACAGACAAGCAGAACUGCUCCGUUUUCUAGAACGAAAUCUCGACGCCAAACUUCUCCUGCCAAAUUAUUUGAACCGAUACUAUGCCGCAGCUAUUUCUGUUCGCACAAUAUAAAUCACACACGAUCUGUUUGCAUAUGCACGCUUAUUUAUUUAUGAAU